CUUAGACAACGUCAUUCCACCAGGCAGUCCUGUUCAAAGAUCACCUCACCCUUGGUCUUGAGUUGUCUUGCAGAGAGAUAUUUGUCCUUCUGCAACAGCAUAGCAAGGUCCUUGCACACAGACCUCUGAAUGGAGUCUCCCAGAACCACAACAAACUUGUUAUGGAGCAGCUGGCUGGCCUGCUGGUGGCUCAAAGGCUUCAUUGUUUCCUUCAUUGUUGAAUCGAGGGUCUAACUGUAGAUCUAUGUGAUGGUUGAAGCUAGAGGCUAAUGCUACCAUUAGCCGUUUUAAGACUGUCUCCUUGUCCGCGCUGUUUGUUUUGAUUUUUAGCGUUAAAGUGCAGGCGUUAUCAAACUGCACUGGAAAAUAAACCAUCACAAUAUGGACGUUUUUAGCUCAAACUUCUACAACUGAAAUGGCUGCAACAACUGGUCGCUUGAGUCACAAGUUAUGGCAGUUGUUUUGUAGUUUGUGGCAUUUUGUAGCUUCAAUCUGAACGUUUGAGUUGACCUACUCUGCUGUUAGUUUGGUUUACCUGUUAAACCUAUCUAACCUCAAACACAGCUGUAAAAUGAUUGAAAUAGUGUCUGUAUAAAUAAUGACAUAAUCUAACACAUGUAAUAAUGUAAACAGUUCUGUGUCCAGGCUCCCAUGAGCACUAUGGUGUUAUACAUAUGAGAUAAAAGCAAAAUUCUGUGUAAACAUGCAGCUCAAAGUCAUUUAUUUUCACUUGUACAAAACCAACAUUUGUUAAUCAGAAUGUGUAACUACACUGCAGCUUGGCACAACCCUGCUGAUACACUAUUUUUUGCACAUUGUGUGACUUAAAAUGUGAAUAAACAUUUAUUAAAAAAUUAAUAAGUAAAUGACAUCAUGGUGGGCAUUGUACAUCUAGUAAGAAAAAAUAAUAUUUAUUACAUGGGGAAAGUUUAGUUUAAAUGUGUUGUAAAACUAUUACUCUUACUUUAUCUACAUAAGAUCAAAUAUUUUGGUAUGAAAAGCUGCAUUUUUUAUUUAACCAAGUAUCCUGUAACAUAACUACAUGUCUUAAGAUUGUAAUAAACCAAACCGCAUGAAAAUCGGUUGAGAAUUCAGGCAGAAAUGAUGAUUUUAAUGACAAAUAGUCUCCUGCCUCAAUAGAAAUACAUGCAUUAGGCAGCGCGGCUCCGCCUGGGCAAGAUGGCGGUCGCGUUGACGUAUCACUCCAAUGAGGAGCGCCGUUGAAUGCGGCAUCUACGUAUAUCUAUGUCAUGAAUUGCAACUACAUCUGAGUGCUUUUUUUCUGAGGAAAACCCCGCAAAACAAUCAGGGGUUCCUGCGCAGAACGCUGACAUUAGACUCCAUGGAUUAAGUGCCUACAUGCAGUGAUAGCUGAUUGGACCUCCCUGCGGCAUGAUUGCUCAUCAUCCGAGCUUAUAAAAGCCUCACGCUAAAGGGCGUUGGCCAGCGUUUUCACUUCGACUCUGAGAUAGCCCUCUCACUUGACAGUGUGAUCUGCUACCCUCUUCCUUUGACAACUGCGAUUGACCUGCGAUCUGCACUACAUCUGUGAUCCUCUGAUCCAGAACUUGUACACUACACACAGAUGCCCCGUGCCAAGUCCCACCGGCAUGCCCAGGCCAUGAAGAGGAGGAUGGCGACGGUGCAGACUUGGACCCCCCUGCCACCUGUCCCCGAGUUUCGUGCUCGGCGCGGUACUGGUUACCGCCAUCAUGUGCAGAGAUGGCCAACUUCGGAGCUGACCCAGCGCAGCUUCAAGUUGGUCACUCCAGCUCAGCAUCCGGAGAAGCAGCACGUGUUUGUCAUUGGAGACUCCCACCUGCGCGCCAUCGUGGAUGGGUUCGUGGCCAUCCCGGAGGGCUGUCUGUCUUUUGGUUUUCUGUCUGUUCCAGGUGCAGACGCCAGGGAGCUGAGGACGGAGGUGCUGUGUGCUGCUGUUCCGUGGACCCCGGAUGCCGUGUGUGUGCUCGCCCCGAGCAACAACCUCACUGCCAGCAGGACCAUCAGUGAGGUGGCGUUGGACUUCGGUGCGCUCCUGACCACCAUCUGCAGCCGCUGGCCCAAGGUCUUUGUGUUGGACUUCCCUCCCCGUCUGACCAUGGACCUUGGCUUCCAAGAGCAGCUGCAUCAGGAAUACCACUGUGUCGCAGCACGCAUGGGUCUCCCCUACAUGUCUGUGACGGCGCACUUCCCAGUCCAUCGGUUGGAGCUGUGGUGCCAUGAUGGCGCAAGUGCACCUCAGUGACUCCAAUGGCAUGCCCAUUCUGGUGCAGCUGCUGUGGAACGUGGCCUAUCUCCAGCUGGCACCCCCUCCACCCGCGCCCCCGGUGUCUCCCCGGAGAUUGCCGGGUGGCCGGGUGUCCCCCACUCUGGUCGUGACGGGGCACGUUCCUGUGCCACGUCACACUGACUUGGACAGCAGGGCAAGGCUGGAACAUCUCCGGUGGGACAGUCUGUCAUCCCGUCCAACCCUGUGUGGUUCAGCAGUGGCAUGUUGGACGCCAUGGAGAAGGUUUCCCCUUCUUCUGGCUCUGGCUGCCCUGCUGAUCCGCCAGCUGGGCAGACCUUCCGUGUGAAGCGUCAGCCCAGAGGUGUUGCCACAACGCGCAGAGGACGAAAGCGGUGAUGAGAAUUGGCAAAGACACUCUGACUGACAUAAUCAAACACUUUGAUGAGAAUGGGGCAAGACCACGGUUAAGGAAGAAGAGCUCACAGCCACGGCCAGCCAGGUUCAUCAGCUGUGAACAAAUCAACAAAGCUGUGGAAUUUAUGAAAAAAACUACGCAGAAGACAAUGCCAUCAUGCUGCCUGGCCUACAUCCUGGGCAUAGGGAUUGGCAUGUGAAGUUGCUGCCAACCCAUGUGUCUAAGGCCUCAGUGUGGCGUCUCUACAUGAAGUCUGCUAAGGAGCUUGGUGAGCGUGCAGUUUGUAAAUCAAGCUUCAAAGCACUGUGGAACCAGCUCCUCCCGCACAUCAGAAGCUGCAGGCCACAUAGAGAUCUCUGCUGGCAGUGCCAAAACAAUAACGAGCAGCUGGUACGAAGUGCAAACCUCCCAGAUGAUAGAAAGUCUGAAGCAGUCAAGAAGCAACAAGAUCAUCUUGCCCUUGUGCAAAAAGAGAGGGCUGUGUACAACAAGAUGACUGCUGCCUGCAGAAAGACGUGCUGACUCUCAGUUGUCGUUUGGACGCUCCCCAUCAGCAAGCAAGAAGAUCAGGAUGCAUUACAGUUUUGAUUUUGCACAGCAGAUGCACCUUCCCUCAAACCCUCCUCAGCCUGGGCCAAUGUACUUCCUGACUCCAUGGAAAUGUGGCCUUAUUGGUGUCUCCUGUGAAGGGCUGCAAAAACAGGUGAAUUUCCUGAUUGAUGAAGGCAUGUCGUCAAGUAAGUGGAGCAAUGAAGCCAUCAGCUACAUGCAUCAUUUAUUCAGCAACUUCGGAGUUGGAGAAACAGACGUGGAUCUUCAAUGUGACAACUACAGUGGGCAAAACAACUUCAUGCUCUGGUACGGUGCCUGGUGGGUUGGACACAAGCUUCACUCCACACUUAGCAUCCACUUCCUUAUUGCUGGCCACACCAAAUUUGCCCCUGACUGUGGCUUUGGACUAAUCAAGCAAGCAUUCAUGAGGACCAGAGUCAACACUUUGGCAGACAUCGCCAAAUCCUUGCUGUCAACAGGUAGUGGAAAACAGCUCUCCUGAGAGUCACCUCAAUAUCCCACAGAUUGUUGGAAUGGCAGAUGGCAGAGUGAUAGUCAAGACCUUCGACUGGCAGACGCAUCUGAGUCCCUACUUCCGAAGGCUCCCACAGAUCAAGAGUCAUCAGCACUUCAGAAUUUGGCUGAACACCUGGUGCACCAUCUCCUGCUACUGCUGCUGCUGCUGCUGCUGCUGCCGGCGUUGGCUGGUGGUGUUGGCUGCCAUGAGCAGCUGAUGGUGGCUCUUGAUGGUGGUGGACGCCGCUGGUGGUGGUUGGUGGCUGUGGCUGUUGCUGGCAGCUGGCUGCAGCUGCUGGAAUAAGGGACCACUGGAGGCAGCUGGUGGUGGACAAGGGAUGGGAAGACCAACGACAUCCAUGGCAACGAGUAAGCCCAGAUGCACUUUGAUGCAAUCCUCAACCUCAGCUGGAUGUAUCUGAUCUUGUGCGAUAGGUGUGGUCAUCACUCCUUUCAUUAACCACUGCUGAAGGCAUGCCCCGUGUGGGGACUUUCCUCCUCUUUGGCUUUGGACGAUGGGUGAAUAAGCCAUCUUUUCCGUCGGUCCGUGUCCUUGGGGAAACCAUACAUCCGAUGGCCUCUCUCUGACCGAUUGGUGCAUCCAAAUGCUGCACAGCCAACCAUGAGAGCCCUUUGACUUGGCUGCAGCACAUGUGUAUGGUGAAAUCUCCUCUCACACAGGAUUGCCGUGACCGCUGACGAGCUGCCAGGCUAGAGACCCAAGGAUACUGUAAACAAUAGCUGCCAUACUGGAGAUCCAAAGAUUUCGAUAAACAACAUACAGGUGUUUAUCUGUAUUUUAAUGUACUUUUAGAUGUAUAGUGUUUAUAAUGUUUUCUUUUUAAUAGUUGAUGCACCGGAUUCCUCCCUCUGCUCCCUCAUUGUUAUACCACGGGAGUUUGUGUACCUUUGCAAAGUAGGCUUAUAUUUUAUUAUUUUUUAGUGUCUUUUUAAAUAUGUGUAAUACAUUGAAUGUGCUGGCAUCUAAUGUAUUUUGUGUUUUCUUUAAAGGACCAGGCCAGCCACUGUUUUCUACAGUUAAUUUACUUUUUUGUGUUUGUUUUACAUGAUUUUAAUUGUCCUCUUGGACUGUGGGUAAGGCUAUAUUGUAGGCUUGAGGUAUUUAUUCUACACCUUUAAAUGCUUGAUGUAAUGUAUAUUGUUUCAUUGGAUGGUGGCUUCAUUUAACGUUUCUGUCCUCUCUUUUGUACCGACAGCUGGACUGUGUGCAAGGCCGGGUCCAUGGUGUCACACUGCCUCCCUUCUGCUGUGGGACUGCAUACA